CAUUUUCUCACGCCGGUGCGUUCAAUCUUUCCUGGAAAAGCUUUGCCGAUUUAGGUGUAUUUUUAUACCUUCUGUAAGCUUUUUUUCAAGAGUGCAUAGAGAAAGCAAUAUGUACUGGCAGCAGCAGCAGCAGUCGCAGCAGCAGCAAGGCAGCAGGUAUGGAAGGCAGUCUAGUAACAACAUGUCGCAGUCUCCCCCAGGGUGGGGGUCGCCCACUAACAGCAACCUCCCAAGUCUCUUGGAUAUGAGCGGCAAUCUUAGGAGAUCUGAACCGCUUCUAAGAACACCUGAAUAUGGCAAUAGAGGCCCCCCGAGUCGGAGCACUGGAUUGCUGGAGAGUCCGCCGAUGGCGUAUCAGAAAACUCAACAAGACAUGCUCGGACAGUUGGAUUCUGGUAUUGAUGAGUUAGUGGCAGCUAAAGUACGCAUCCAACAAGCCAUGCUGGCGGCCAGCGCCGAUACAUAUGAUCAUCCACCAACGUCACCAACUUUUCAGCAGCACAGCCGACCCCAGUCAACGCCCAACAGGCAGCAGAAUCAGAAUCAAUGGCGCCAGCAGGUGACGCCGCAAUAUCAAGACAAGAGAAGAUCGAGCGGUGGUGGACAGAUGGGAAGGAAUACCGGAGGAGGAGGAGCCCGCGGAGGCAACGAUGGGCGGAGGAGCGGCCCAGGAAGUGGUGGAAGGGAUAACAGAGGUAGCGGCGGAGUUGGGCAGAAUAGAGGGCAAAGCUCAGCCAAGAAGAGGAGAAAUAGCUCUGAAGCUUACGAUCCGGCCAGACCCACGGAAGAUGACCGCGGAUUUACAAGUAUUGGUCGACCAGUUGACGAUCUUCAAGUGACCAUCAAGCAACAGUCUAGAGGGAGAGCGGUCGUCGACGAUGCUGGACCGGCGAGAAAGAAACCCAUGCAGGGACCAAGAUCAGGAUCUAAGCCCACUCAGCAGAGCAGUGUGGAGAAUGAUAGCAACAAAUCAGCCUGGUUUUGUCAUGUCUGCAGGGUCAGCUGUCACAACAUCAAGGUCUAUCAGAUCCACAUGAAGAGUGACAAGCACCUCACCGCCAUGGAGAAGAUCACCGAGGUAGCAACAUUCCAGAGCGGACAAGCGAGGAAGCGUCUUGAAGCUCAACAGUUCCUCCGUAAUCUUGAAGGAGGUGGUGCCAAGGGAGGAGGAGGGCCAUCUCCCAGUGGUGACAGGGAGAAGUUUUGCCGAGAUUGCCACAAGUAUUUCCGAGGAGAUCGUUUUGACCACCUCAAGUCAGAAGCUCACAAGGAAGCUAAGAGGCAGUCUAUCCCACGUUGCAGCGCCUGUAACAUGACCUUCAAGACAUCCCAGAAGUAUGUACAACACUGCAAAGGAGACAUGCACAAACUUAAACGAGACCAGCAACUGAAAGAGAAGGACGAAGCAGCUGGGGAUGGGAACUACGUCACUGUGGAUGCCGUCGGUUUCGAUGACGAUAUGGAGUUCGGAGCUGACUUCCUUGAGAUGGAGCUUGGGACAGGGGACGGCAGUCCAGAACGAGAAGAUGAGGAAGACGAAGUGGUUAUCAUCAGCGGAGAUGAGAAGGAAUGUCUCGUCGUCGGAGACAACGAUUCUGUUGUAGUUGUUGAAGACGAUUCCUCUGUCAAUCCAGAUCCUGAUAAAUCCAUACAAUCGCCAAAAGGUCAGUCAGGGUCUGAGCCAGAGGUCCAAGAAGUUAGUGACCAGGUUUUGGUUUCAGGGCCUGAUGUAGAGCCUUCUGAGAAGCCUGUUGAUGAGCCUUCUGUUAAGCCUGUUGAUGGGCCUUCUGAUAAGCCUGUUGAUGAGCCUUCUACUGGAGACACUGUCCCCUUGGUGGAGGAAGCCACCAGUAAUGUGAAACUCCUAGAGGGGUCUGAAAUGGAGUUGCGUCCCGCCCAGGAUGACUCAAAGGUUGAAGAGACCUUUUACCCCAAGAAGCUGGUGGAGCCUGACUUACAGUCAGCCACCGAUGGAUAUUCAGCUUCCUCAGAGGUGGCAAAUUCCAGCCAAUCAGAAUCUAAUAAGUCAUAUGGAGAAGCCACUGCCAUUCUGGCAGUGGCUCACCAAGAUGUCACGGAUAAUCAGACUGGGUCUGGAUUUAGUGGUCAAAGUGAAGGGAAAGAGUCGAGCGACAUGGUUGUUGAUGCCGUACCCACAGCGUCGGCUGCCAGUGACCAGCUUCAAGAUGCAUCUGACCAACAACAACAGGAGACCCAACAGCAGCAGAACAAGCCACCACAGCAAGAAGAAACUACAGAGCUUGUUUUUGAUCCCAACAAGCCUGUUGGAGAAGUGUACCUUGUGCCAGUGUCUGGGUUUUUCUGUAAGCUGUGUCAUAAGUUUCUCACGUCGGACAAGGCUGGCCGUGCUCACUGCAAGGGGAAGCUUCACUUUAAGGCACUGAAGGAGGAACUGAAGAAGAAAGACGCCGAUCAGUAUUCAGCGGACGACUCGGACCAAGUGUCUAAUUAAAAAGAGGUUGAUAUACACUCCAAGGUUGCGUCAUUGUAUAGAGUUAUUGUUUUCUGAGCACCUUGCCAAGAGCAGAAAGAUCAAGGACAAUUUAAUUUGGAAACAACUAGCCGUAGAGGGCAGCAGACUCGGUACGGAACUAGAGAAGGGACAUUUCUCAUCAUGCCACCAUGGAAGUCUUCAAACCAAGAGGGCAGCAGACUAUAACAGUGAGCUAUACCUUGCUUGAUUUCAUUCCCUGAACAGUGAUUGUUGAUCAUGGAUUCUCCAUUACAUAGAUGGGCACCAGACUAUAAUACCCUCUCAGCCUCGGUUUGGUAUAUAUUGCUGUGAACAGUAGACAAACAAGAUGGCAGGCCCAUGAGACUCACAAUGGCCGCUACUAGACACAGAACCAUGGACCAAAGUACAAGUAAGAUGUAACUUAUAGUUGCAGUUUUUUUCUUUUUAAUGUCAUGAUUAAUUUUGUGUGCACGAAAAGAAUGUACUGUUUUUAAAAAAUUUAACCAUCACUCACUGAUAGAAACCUACGAAUAAAUCUGAUUUUAAAAUGAUUUUGACCUUGGAUUUGAAAGAAGUCGAAUGAGGUCCAACAGAGGGACAAAUCUUUCACCGUUUUGGUAGCAGCCAUUUAUGUUCCUGUAUACAUUUACUUAAAGGUGUCUUCAAAACAAAACAAUGCUGUUACGUCCAUUUGUUCAUAUUGAUUAUUUUUUAAAUACUCGGAAUAUGUAUCAACGUUAUUACUUUUUAAAAAAACUUUUUAGUACUAAUUAACUCUUCUUAAUUUAGUUCUGUGUUGUGCUUCAAGUAGUGUGCUGGGAGCUAUUUAAUGUCAGAGUUGAAAUUACUCUGAAUUUGCAAAUACCUUGGCGUGAAUAUGAUUGUAAUUUAUGGGUCAAAAGCUCAAGUUGUUUGCACAGCCAGUUUGUUACAGGUUUGGUUCUCCUAAAGAAGUUCUUUCAUGAUUUUUGCAUCACCAAAAUUGUUUAAAUUCUCUGUUGGCUUUAAGAUAAUCAGGUUCCCUUAAUGUAUUCAGGUGUUUCUCUAUGUGUUUUUAACUCGGAUAACCUGUAGUCUUAAGAAUGAUUAUUGAUACAUUUAUGAAUAUUUAGUAUAUGCAUUCAUGAAUAUGCAGCAUGUGCAAAUACAUUUAUGAAUAUAUAGUAUAUGCAGAUACGUUCAUGAAUUUGUUGUACAUUUUGUAUAUGCAGAUACAUUUGUGAAUAUAUAGUACAUGUAUUUGCAAAUACAUUCAUGAAUAUACAGCAUAUGCCGAUACAUUCAUGAAUACUUAUUUUAUGCAGAUACAUUUAUGAAUAUUUACUAUAUGCAGAUACAUUCACGAAUGUAUGCAAAUACAAAAACGGACCCAUUACUACCAAGGCUUACAUCCCCUUUUGUUAAUCUUGACAUACACAGAAUAAUUUUUGGUUCAGAAGGGCCUAAAUAUUAUUUGAGUAUAUUGACAUAAGUUUAGAAUUAAAAUUAAUUUUGUUAGUUUUA